CACAGCCUCAACAACGGCCUCUGCUCGUAGUCAGCGUCGCCCGCGCACUACGCUCAUCACCCUCUGGGUACACUGAGCUUUUCCGUGUCGUGUCGCACGUACACUCCGCGCGUCAUGUCCAGCCUUGGUGUUCUUGAAACACGCAUCCGCGCAAUCCUCCAAUCCACCCCCCUCGAGCGCUUCAACACAAUCUCCGCCAAGGACGUCCGCACGAGACUCCUCGCGGACGGUGCAGUCGACGAAGGAUGGGUUAAACAGAACAAAAAGGCAUUGAACGCGCUUAUUGCAGGCGUGUUUGAGCAAGUCAGCGCGUCGCUUGUCCUUCCUCCUCCGUCUUCUCAACAGACAGCUGACGUGCAGCCAAAAGAGGAAGAGGGUGUGGCAGAAGACGACGAGUAUGGGUAUGCGAACGGCGCGACGUACUCCGACGACCAUGAAGGCACGCAGAGUCAAAGUGGGACUGGUGACUUCGUGGACGAGGAGGAGGCUGGUCCGUCGACACCUCCCCGAAAAUCAUCCUCCCAGAAGAAAAAAACAAAACGCGAACUCACAGACGAGGAACUCGCACGCCAACUAUCCACCGAGCUCAACGGCCGCUCCUCCCGUAGCUCACGCUCGGGUAAAGCUCCUCCAAAAUCCAAAGCCAAGAAUAACAACAAAAAGGGCGGGAGCCGGACACCGAAGCGCAGCAAGAAGAGCGCUGAUUACGUCGAUGACUCCGAUGGAGGCGGCGGUAUUGGCGGAGGUGGAGGUGGAGGUGGAGGUGGAGGUGGAGGUGGAGGUGGAGGUGGAGGUGGAGGUGGAGGUGGAGGUGGUAGACGAGGUAGAGGUGCAAGUGACUCAGACAACGACUCUGAUAAUGACGACUAUGGUGAUUCCGACGGUGGGCAACGACGUAUGUCGAAGACCAAUAAACGGCGGAAGACUACUCGAAAGAGCUCCGGCGGCGGUGAGGUAGGCGGCGGGAGCGGACGCGCAAAGGGUGGGUUCGGUAAGGAAUUCAUCCUAAGCGCACCGUUAUCCGCUCUUCUCGAAGUGGACCGAUUAUCCCGACCUCAGGUGGUCAAACAACUCUGGGAGUACAUCAAGGGGAAUGACCUUCAAAAUCCCUCUAAUCGACGAGAAAUUUUAUGUGAUGAUCGUUUGAGACCGGUUUUCAAUGCGGAUAAGAUUGAUAUGUUUAGGAUGAAUAAGGUUUUGGGACAGCAUUUGCACGAAGUGGAAUAGCUUAGAGUGAAAUGAAGAACAACUCGGUCCGUCAUCCUAUCGGCGCAUAUACUUAUGAUUUGGCAACUAGACGCCGCGUUCACAACUUCACCUCCCCGUCGCCCUCUCAUUGGUAUCUGCAGUAGCUUCCGUUCUUCCCCUCACCUCAAUGCCGUUCUCCCUUCCCCUCUAAUCCCAAUGUUCUUCAUACGUUCUUUCGCUCGUCUGGUUUGGUCAACUUUUCUCACUCUUGUCUCGUUUCCUGUUCCUCGAUUCUUUCCCUAGUUUUUUCUUUUCUUCGAUUGUUGUUCCUGUUCCUGUGCUCCGCGCCUGCGACACCUCACCUACAAGAAGAACUACACCGAGUCAAGUUAUCGUUUUUAUUCCAUCUUACUAUUGCGUUUCCCUCUUUGUUCUGGUCCAAAUUUCUGAGAUUUGAGAGACAUUAUAUUUGUUUCUUUGCAUGUACGCCUACCUACCUACUUAUCUUGUCAACCCUGCUGUAGAAGAACGUUCUACAUUCUACAUUCUACAUUCA